GCCGGCCGCCGGGGGACGCGAGCCGCGGCCCGGCCAACUCCGCGGCGGGGACGCCGUGCCGAGAACUUGAGGCUGGAGAGGGAUGUGAAAGCUCAAAAUGACCCUCCUACCGGGAGACAAUUCUGAUUACGACUACAGCGCCCUGAGCUGCACGUCGGACGCGUCCUUCCAUCCGGCCUUCUUUCCCCAAAGCCAGUCCCUCAAGGGUGUCUUCUACCGCCGGGCCCAGCGGCUGCGGCCGCAGGACGAGCCCCGGCAGGGCGGCCAGCCCGAGGACCGCAGGCGGCGGAUCAUCAUCAACGUGGGUGGCAUCAAGUACUCGCUGCCCUGGACCACGCUGGAGGAGUUCCCGCUGACGCGGCUGGGCCAGCUCAAGGCCUGCACCAACUUCGACGACAUCCUCAACGUGUGCGAUGACUACGACGUCAGCUGCAACGAGUUCUUCUUCGACCGCAACCCGGGCGCCUUCGGCACCAUCCUGACCUUCCUACGCGCGGGCAAGCUGCGGCUGCUGCGGGAGAUGUGCGCCCUGUCCUUCCAGGAGGAGCUGCUCUACUGGGGCAUCGCCGAGGACCACCUGGACGGCUGCUGCAAGCGCCGCUACCUGCAGAAGAUCCAGGAGUUCGCCGAGACGGUGGAGCGGGAGGACGAGGACGACGCGCCGGACAGUGAGGACCCCGGCAGCGAGGGCCCGGCGGAGGAAGAGGGCCGCCUGGGCCGCUGCAUGCGGCGGCUGCGUGAUAUGGUGGAGAGGCCGCACUCGGGGCUGCCCGGCAAGGUGUUCGCCUGCCUGUCGGUGCUGUUUGUCACGGUCACCGCUGUCAACCUCUCCAUCAGCACCCUGCCCAGCCUGAGGGAGGAGGAGGAGCAGGGCCGGUGCUCCCAGAUGUGCCGCAACAUCUUCAUCGUGGAGUCGGUGUGCGUGGGCUGGUUCUCCCUCGAGUUCCUCCUGCGGCUCAUCCAGGCGCCCAGCAAGUUCGCCUUCCUGCGGAGCCCGCUGACGCUGAUCGACAUGGUGGCCAUCCUGCCCUACUACGUCACCCUGCUGGUGGACGGCGCCUCCGCGGGCCGCCGCAAGCCCGGCGCGGGCAACAGCUACCUGGACAAGGUGGGGCUGGCGCUGCGGGUCCUGCGGGCGCUGCGCAUCCUCUACGUCAUGCGCCUCGCGCGCCACUCGCUGGGGCUGCAGACGCUGGGGCUCACGGCCCGCCGCUGCACCCGCGAGUUCGGGCUCCUGCUGCUCUUCCUCUGCGUGGCCAUCGCGCUCUUCGCCCCGCUCCUCUACGUCAUCGAGAACGAGAUGGCCGACAGCCCCGAGUUCACCAGCAUCCCUGCCUGCUACUGGUGGGCCGUCAUCACCAUGACGACCGUGGGCUAUGGCGACAUGGUACCCAGGAGCACGCCCGGCCAGGUGGUGGCGCUCAGCAGCAUCCUCAGCGGCAUCCUCCUCAUGGCCUUCCCCGUGACCUCCAUCUUCCACACCUUCUCCCGCUCCUACCUGGAGCUCAAGCAGGAGCAGGAGAGGGUGAUGUUCCGCAGGACCCAGUUUCUCAUCAAGACCAAGUCGCAGCUGAGCAGCAUGUCCCACGACAGUGACAUCUUGUUUGGAAGUGCCUCCUCGGACACCAGAGACAAUAACUGAGCCCAGACGACGCACCUCGCCACCGCCACCGCCACCGCCAGGACGCGCCCCCCGCCCCCAGCCCUGCCCGCCCUCUGAGGCUUGACUCUAUCGCCAUCGCUGCAGAAGCCUCCAAAGGCACGUGCUGCUUCUGAGCGCGGCCCUGGCCUGGGACGGACUGAGCCACGCCCCAGGGAAGACGGCCCCAUCCCGGCAGGGGGUCCCUGGUCCCCCACGUCCAGAAGCCAAGCCCAGCACACAGACCUGAUGGUCCCUCCCACCCAGGCCCCCAGCCUGUUCCCUGGUGAGGAGAUGGCUUGUUCUUUCCACCGUGUAAAUAACAUGCCCAGCAAAGACUCGCUUUGUGGGGCUGCCUAGGGGACAAUACAAGCAGCAGCUACACGUCUGUCUUGAGUGUGGAUCACGUGCAAUUAAAGAAAACCGGUGAAAAGAGAAGAAGGCCUUCCCUGGGGCUCUGUGAAGAGAGGAAAUGGCACUUUCCAGUAAGCCAGCCAGUGUGGUACCAGAAUUAUUGGGUUAGUCUUUUUCUCCUUCACACCCAGUGAGGCCCCGUGAGGUUGGGGGAAAGAGACAGGGUAGACCCCUUUGGGAAACUGCUGGUAAAUAGCACAUCCCCUCGCUCUUCUCUCUCUUCGCUUCUUCCUCUCUCCGAGGCCCUCCUCCCCACCUUUUUCUUCUCUCCCAUCUCCUCUUCUGCACAUUAAAGUCUGUUUCUCAAACUUUUCCCCUGAGGCACCCCCAACAGCGAAGUGGACAUCGAGUCAGCCCUGCUGACUAUGAAGGUGGAGUCACUUCAUUUUACCUUUAAAAAUUAGUGUGGGUUUUUUGUUCUAUGCCACAGUGAUCUUAACUUGGGGGGGAGGGGGAAUGCUUCAAACCGUUUACCUAAAUCUAAACAUAAACCUAAAUUGCAUUAGAUUGAUGCUUUGGAAAAAUGGACCUCAGUUUUCUGGGUCACCUUAGGGCACAGUCUGAAGCCCCCAAGGGUCUCUCUGGGCCCCUCAGAGACCCGCAGAGCACCCACCUGACCGGAACACCUCACGACCUCGUGUAGUGUGAAAGAUGCGGGGUAGGGCCUGAGCCCAGGCCAGCCCACCAGACCUACUGUGCUCUCAGGGUUCAGAGGCCUUUGGUGCCAGUCUGGGGAGGGGCUUCCCAUCCAGGUGGUGGGCACGUGCCUCCUCCACCCUCAGAGAUGCUGCAGCAGCACUGCUGUCUUCACCCCCUCCCCUGGGCCUGCUGCAGAACGCAAGCUCUAAGAUAAAGCUGAGACUUCCCUGGCAGUCCAGUGGUUAAGAACCUGCGCUUCCAGCGCGAGGGACACCGUGUUCGAUCCCUGGCCACAGAUCUAAGAUCCCACGCACCACACAACACAGCCAAAAAAUAAAAAAGUAAACAAAGCAACUCUGGCCCAUCACCGUCCCGCCUAAACCCGCAGAGGUGUCCAUCAUGCUGAGAAUGACGCCUGAAUGCCUGGCAUUGCCUGGGCCCGCCCGCCGUCUCUCCCAUCUGUCUCUCACUCACUCCGCUCAGUCACAGCGGCCUCCAAGCUGCGGUGUAGAGGCACCCAGCCCCUGCCCACCGCGCGCCUUCACACAUCAGUCCUCUGCGGGGAACAGCCUUCCUGGGCACCCUAAGCGGCUGGCUCUGUCCCACCGCCGCCCUGACCCUCGCUGUAGAGGGUCCGCCCGGCAGCCCCCGCCGCCGCCCUCUCCCCCACCCAGUCUAUCCUCACGCCCGCUGAUGGGCCCUGGAACCGCCUCCUUCACUUCUCUGCUCCUCCCUUAGGGUCUGUCCCCCGCCCAAGGAGCCCCGUGCGCACUUGGCAGGGACUCAGCCAUGGCUCGCAGCGACUCCCAGCACCUGAAGUGGGCCCGGCAGGCAGCCGGGACUCAGAGUGAAAGAGCAAGCGGAACCAGCAAGGCCGCCCGAGAGCAGAAAGGCGUUUGCUGUUAACGGUGGACACUGGGGCUUAUGGGCGCCUCUCGCUCUCCCCAUCCCCGGGUCUCUCUCUCCCUCUCUGUCUCUCUCUCGUCCCCGGUGGGGAGGUUGGACGAGGGCUCCCUCUGCGCAGUAGACAUGCGGGGAUGCGGGCUGGAAAUAUCACACCAGUCACGAGAGCCUCAUUAAAGGCUCCCCUGACACCUGCUCCCAGUGACUCACGCCUGAAAAGUAAGUUUUCCGACUAAUUAGCUCUACCGUCCCCAGCCCAGUGGGCGUCACAGCGAUCGGGCACUGCCGUCACAGUAAUAAUACCUUAGAUUUAUGGAAUGACCUUUCUCCCCACUCUGAAGUGGCUAAGAGACAUGGGAGACAGCUGAAAAUGCUAAACAGACAGAAGUGGGACACGCAAAGAGAUUUAAGACAGAGCCUUUAAAAACUCCAGGGAGAAGCGGGUAAAUGGCAGAAACCAUCGCAAUAUUAUAAAGCAGUUAUCCUCCAAUUAAAAAUAAAUCAAUUUAAAUUAAAAAAAAAAAACUCCAGGGAGGGGAAAUGGUGAGGUCUGGGGGAGCCUUGACCGGGCCUCACUUUGGGGAGAGCUAUGCCUCCACCGCUCCAGGGACAGAAGAGGAGCCGGGGUCACUGAGGGUCCAAGUUUCUGGCAUCUUCUUGCCCAGAUUCUGGUCUGUGCUGGUGGCCAAGGUAGAGACCCAAACAUGGGCACCUCUCAAGACCUCCCUUGAGGGACAAAGGAGCCCAAGAUACUGACCUUCACGCCCAAAGUGGGGCUUAAGGAUCCUUGGUCCAAAUUAGGAAUCCCAAGUUCUCAGGACAGCUAACUAGCCACUUCUAAAACCAUCAUCAACUUGAUCAUCAUGGCUUUUCCACUCUUUUUUUUUAGCAAUAUAAAAUCUGAUGCACAAGCCCAGCUAUAAAUCAGAUUAAAUGAAAGCCAUUCUAAUUGAAGUAGGGGCCCAAUUCUUCCCCUGACUGUAAUGGGGGCCUUCCUUUUGACCCCCUUACAGGCAACUAACUCCAUACAACCGGAGAUGGCAAGUGACAGUCACUGCUCUGGGGGAAAUGGCAAAGCAGAACUUUCCCCAAUUUGCCUUAGUUUUUUAGGACUCAUGGACAUGCCCCCAUCUCCAGCUGAGCUUGGCGCUGCCCUAAGACUCACAGUGGGCAUUGGGGAAGGUUGAUUUCACGACACAGAUUCUUAGGCCCACAUGUGAGCAGGGCUGGGACCUCCCACCCUGGGCACAGAAUUUAGGGGAGCAAAAAAAAAAAACUUGGUCAUCAAGAUAAAUCAUAUUUGAAGGCAGUAACUUUUAAAUCAAGAUUAAUGUUCUACAAACUCACAGUGACCAACACAAAGAUAGGAUCUGCCUUUGUGCUUGCGUAAUUGGACCCACACGCCUCGCCUCCUGCCUGGACCCCAGAAUGUCCUGCAGCACAGUUCCAGCCACCCAAGCCCAUCUCCCAAGAAGCGCAGGUGGAAGCCCAUAGCCCCUGGCUCCGCAGCUGCUGGGCAUGGGCCCCUUCCCCUUGGAGGGGAUCAGAAUGGCCCCUGAUCCCCCCUCCCUACCAGAGUGAACAUUCCAGAACCAGGCCCCUGUCCUCACGGGGCGUGCACAGCGAUGGGGAGAGGGAGAGAAACAGUGAAAUGAGAACUGAAAAAAAUGGUUGCUGAUGGUGAGCACAGGAUGACCCGACAGACAGUGACCGGGGCCAGAGGACAGGCGGAGAGUGGGCCCCGAAGACAGUCGGGGAGGGACUCUCAGAGGAGGUGACUCGCAAUGAGGACCUGGGGAGUGGGCGGGGCAGCCCUCCCAGCAGGCCGGACAGUCAGCGCAAAGCCCAGAGGUGGGAGGCCCCGGGCAUGUCACCAGCUGUCGAGGGAGCCUGUGGGCCCGGAAACACGGCCCCCCUGAGAGCAGCCUUCCUCCCAGGGAGGAGACCCAGGUCUGCACAGCGGACACUCUGAACAAACAUUUCCGGAGACCUCACUCGGAGCCCGGCCCUCUCAGAGCAGCUGGGGACAAAACAGACAAGCAAACCACAGAACUGGACUCAGUCCCUGCCACAGAGGGGCUGCUGGAUCCGUGGGGAAAGACACAUGAGAAAAGACUUCUGCACAGACGGGACGAUCCGGGUGCAGGUGCCCAGGGCUGUACAAGCGUGGAGAAAUGAUAGCUGGGAAUUCCCUGGCCUUCCAGUGAGUAAGGCUCAGAUUUCACUGCUGGGGCCUGGAAUCACGCCCUGGUUGGGGAACUAAGAUCCUGUAAGCUGCUUGAUAUGGCCAAAAAAAAAAGGCAUCAACUAAAGAAAGCAUGGUUUAGAUUCAGAUUUGCAUUUGUUAUUAAUAAAAUGGCCUUACAUAUAUUUUCCUUCAGGAAAAAAAGACAGUAUUCCGCCUAAAAAAAAGACAGUGUUCUCCUGUCUCCCCACCCAGUCCUGUUAACGUACAUGGGGACUCGCCCACUGAGCCUGCCUCAUGGGGCCGGCCCCCGGCCUCUCUCACGUGCAUUGCUGCCUGAGCCUCCUCCUCGCUUUCUCCGCUCGCCUGCCUCCCCUCCCAUCUGCUUUCAGCACAGCGGCAGAGGGGCCCUGUCGGAAUGCAAGUCAGAUCACACUCACCCGCUGCUUAGAGUGUCCCCGCAACCAGAUGACGUCCCAUCCCACUCAGUCAAAGCCAGAGUCUCUCAGCCCCACCUGCCGGAGCUGGUCUGCCUGGUCUUCUCCUUAUCUCUGCUUUUACACCAACCUCUUUACUCAACAAACAAGCCAAACAUGGCCCAACCUCAGGGCCUUUGCACUCGCUGCUUCCUCUGCCUGGACGGCUCUCCCCUAAGGUACGUCCACGUGCCCCCUCUCUCCUCAUCAGGGUCUCUGCUCAGACAGCACUUAAACAGAGAGGCCUUAUCUGACCUCCUGCUGCCAGCCUGCACAGAAGACCACACUCCCAGCAUGCCCCAGGGUACUGAUAUUCCGAUGCUUGGACACCCAGGGCCUGGCAGGCCCUGGAGGGGCUGAUCCUCCCAGGAUGGCCAGUUCCUAGAGACGGGGAACCACACACUUGCAAGUGUGCUUUUCAAAUACAAAGCAGCCAACCUGGAUGCCAUCCCCUCGACCACCUCUUUCCACCUCCCUUCUCGGGGUCUCACACACCAGGCUGCUUUCCACCAGUCCUGAUCACCCCAGCGCCAGAUCAGACCACCAAGGACAGCCCCAGGACCAGAGCUCACCGAAACUGUUCAGACCAGCCCAUCCGAAGCCUGCUCACCCUGCCUCACCCACUCCUUCCCUCUAAAACCACAGCAAAGCUCUUGCCCACAGUUUCCCCUCCCUCUGCCUCUGACCAGACCUGGUUCUUCCCCGCGUGGCCCCCCGCAGUGGGGGACAUACCCUUCUUUGGGGAGCGAUGAGUAUAAUAAACUCUCUUUUCAAUGGCAAUUGUCUCCUGACCUGUUGGCCUCACCAUACCUGAAUAGAAAUAAAAUGUAUACUUUAGAA